AUGAGCGACGCGUUGCUCUGGUGGGCUCCACUUCAAAACCUUGUGCAGACCACGACCGUAGUGCAGGAGGGCUCUGCAAAUGUUCCGCUGCAAUGAUCCCAUUCGACACAGCAGAGAAGAAGGUUACAGCUGGGGCGGGGUUUGAUAUCUUACUCAACUAUCUGCAUCAGCUUUCAGUGAAAGCCAAAGGGACAGGUUUAACAGCUAUUGUUGUCUGGGAGGUUAAAAAUGGACCAAAAAAUGAUGCAGAUUCUGCUGAUUUUACUGCUUUAUCCAAAAAUCCCUUCUGCUGUGGAAGUGGGAGAGGGUCAAAGCCAGGAGAUCAAAUGUUCACCUCCCAAUGAGGGAUCAAUCACAAUCAAGUUCCUUUUUAGAGUGCUGGAUAAAUCAGGCAUGGAGUUCAUAGGGUCGUUCAGCAAAACUGGUGUCGCAAAAGAAACAGGAGCCAGCUACAACAGCUUGUCGGUAAAGUAUUCUGAACCUUCCUUCAUUAUUACGGUAAAGAAAUUCAAUAAAGAGAAAGACAGUGGAAUAUACAGCUGUGCGUCUCUGGUCGGUGGAAAUAACCUACAAUUUGGGGACGUAACUACACUUAAGGGUAAGUUUUGCUUAAUUAUUGCUUUAAAAACCACAUCAGAAUUUUGUUGUGGGGGAUAUCAAUGCUUAUAUAUAGUUCCUCUUUAUAAAGGGAAGCAUAAAGCGACAAUGAAACCACCAGAAAUCCAGGCUCCCGCCACCACCCAGGCAUCAACAACUAGGAGAAGCUGUGACUGUACGAUUAGGGUCAAUUCAGCAGAUCCUUCCUUGUUUUGUGCUCCAAUCAUACUCGGCCCUCUGGCUGGAGCCUGCGGCCUUCUUCUCCUGCUCCUCAUCGUCACUUUUCUAUACUGCAACAGAAUAAGGACUCGAAGAUGCCCUCACCAUUACAAAAGAAAGCUGAGGACGAUGGCGCCUGAAAAAGAAACGAUAACCAACAGAUACAUCUGAGCUUGAUGCAGUAAUUUUAUGUGCAUUUCUUUGAAGUGUAGUUGAAGUUCCCUCUUUGUUUCUUGUCAGAAGGAAAAAAAACAUGUUUUUUAACAAGAUCAUGUAAAACAUUUAAAAGCCCAAAUCAGCUGAUGUGUUUAUUAAUAAAGAGAAAAGAUUCAAGCGUACUAGAAAAUGAGGUGACAGAAACGCUACCCCAUUUUAAUUAUGGACAUGCAGUUUUCACUGUGAUUUAAAUCUUUUUCCGAAAUCAAUAUACUUCUGUGCCUGCAUUUUUUAAUUAACAUGACAUCUGACAAAUGUAUGUACUGAAGAAAAAACUGAGAACAUUUUACCAUGGUGUUUGUGACUAUUUGCCAUUCUAACCCUUGUGUAGCUGUAUAUAUUCAUCUUCUUUGUGUUUCUCACAUUUACAGUACUUCGAUCUGAAUUUCCUCUUGAAAUGAGAUCAAACUUUACUGUUACACUUUAGCUUCCUGUUUGUUUCAAGCAUGUUAUCACUGUCUAAUUUUUUUAGCUUAAAAAUCACAUGAUCCAGCGAUGUGUGUAUAUAUAUACAUAUUUUUCUAUCUUUUAUACGUUUUAAGGCAAUAACAAUUAAGAAGACCAAAUAUAAAAUCUUCAUUUUUAAA